AUGGAUUCAUGUGUUGAAGCUGCAUUAGAUUCAGUUCUGCACUUACCUAACGCACAACAACAGCCCUUGUUCUCUGCUUGGUUGCCUCCUUCAGUGGGUUUAUGUAAAAUUAAUGUAGAUGGGGCUCUUUUUACAUCACGGAAGCAGGCAAGCAUUGGUGUUGUAAUAAGAGAUGGUGAAGGCAGAUUACUGGCAACUUUAUGCAAAAAAAUCAAAGCCCCUUUGACGGCACUUGAAGUUGAAGCUAAGGCCUAUGAAGCUGGCAUUCAUGAGUUAGAAGCUGGAAUUGGUGUUGUUAAUUUUUCUCAUGUGCGUAGGACUGGCAAUAAGCCAGCCCACAUUCUAGCAAGACAAGCUCAAAACCUUGUCAAUGAUGUAAUUUGGAUUGAAGAGAUUCCUUGCUGUAUUCAGCAAUCUCUUAUCCAGGAUGUAUUUGGAUUGUAA